AUCAGCUGUUGGUCGUGAUGCCAAAGAAGUUUCAGGGUGAGAACUCUAAAGCUGCCACAGCCAGAGCCCGCAAGGCUGAGGCCAAGGCGGUGGCAGAAGCUCGCAAGAAACAGGAGGAAGAGGAUGCUUUGUGGCAAGAGACAGACAAACAUGUACUCAAAAAAGAGCAGAGGAAGGAUGACAAGGAGAAGAGGAGGCUAGAAUUCCUGGAGAGGAAAAAGGAAACCCAGCGUCUUCUAGAUGAGGAAAGUGCAAAACUGAAAGGCAAGUCGACCAAGGAAACUGCAAAAAAAGUGACUCGUGCGCAGAUUGAGGAGAUUCUUAACAACGAGCAACAGCAGGACCCCCAGCUCAAAAUAAAAGAAAUGAGCCACAUGGAAAUUCCACUAGAAGAGAAUGUGAACAGAAUUAUACCAGAUGAAGGAACUGUGGAAGCCAGAUCAAUAGAAGAUGCCAUUGCUGUGCUCAGCACGGGACCUGAGGAGAUGGAGCGCCACCCAGAGCGGAGGAUGAAGGCUGCGUUUAUUGCCUACGAAGAGGCCAACAUGCCACGGCUAAAACAGGAGAACCCCAACAUGAGGCUGUCGCAGCUCAAGCAGCUUUUGAAGAAGGAGUGGAUGAAAGCGCCGGAGAAUCCCCUGAACCAGCGCUUUGCCAGCUACAACUCAAAGUGAACGCACUCUUUCCUCGCAUAUAACUCCAUUUGGAGACUCUGCCUAUGCACAUUGGAGACGUACAUUUGAAAAUUAAAUGAUUUCAUUCCAAAUUUGUGUAGCUGAUGAAAGCUUCACUGGCUGCCCAGAAAGGCAGAGGCCCAGCACUGUCGUUCCUUUCAACUGUUGCAAAAAGAUAAUUUUCCUCAGUCAUGGUCACAACUGGUAGUCAUGAGACAUUUUCAGUAGCUGUUAAAUUAAAUUUGAAUUAAUUUUAUUUUCACUUUAGUUCUUCUGGAGAAGUGAGAAACCUGAGGGAUUAACUUAUUAAAAGGUCAGAACUCUUUCAUCCACAUUUCGUGUUGCUUUGAAAUGAAAGGCGUGUGUUCUUCCUGCUGUGCCAAACAAAGGAAGCUGAAGUCGUAUGUAGAAUGUGUUCCGAGUGUUUUGCCCCCAAUAGUCAAGGUGGUAUCAGUAAAUGAUGAAGCUCCUUAA